AUGCAAACUUCGAAGGUCCAUCAUAUUAUCAAUUUAUUUCUGAUAUAUAAUCUCAUGAAUGCUAUAUUAACUGCUACAAUUGAUAACGAAUUGAUAGGAAGUCCAGUGGUAGAUUGUGAGGACACCAUGGUAUCGCUAACAUUCAGAACCAGAAAACCAUUUACCGGACGUGUGUAUGUACGUGGGCUAGCUGAUGAUGACCGAUGCUCCAGGAAUUUUGCAUCAAAUGUCGAUCAGAACAAAUUUUCAAUGAUGAUUCAAAAUGGUGAUUGUACCAUGCAACGGCAGCGAGUUACUGGUUCUUUGGAGGGUAUUAUGUUCUCUCUUACAAUCGUAGUAUCGUUUCAUGGGACAUUUGUAACGCGGGCUGAUCGUGCCUAUCGUUGCAUGUGUUUUUUCCGAAAUAUCAAACGGUUAACAUCCGGUGUGGAUAUGUCAUCAAUUGGCACUACUGAACUGAUGGAUGCGGUACAAAUGCCCAGUUGCACAUAUAGCAUUCAUGCUGGAAGCGCAGAUGGACCACCAGCUGUUUACGGCCAAGUCGGUGAAAAAAUCUACCAUGUUUGGGAGUGUGACGAUGACACACAAGGCUUUUUGGUACAUUCAUGCUUCGUUAACGAUGGACGAGGAACACGAUAUGACUUGCUUGACUUGGAUGGAUGUGCUAUUGACCCAAUUAUUCAACCUGAUGUGCAAUAUGAUGAAGAUCUGAAAAGAGCAGUGGUGGAGACAUGGGGAUAUAAGUUCAGUGAUACUUCAGUUCUGAAUUAUCAGUGUGUCGUUGAGUUGUGUAAGAAAAGUGCUGGCGAAUGUGAAGGCCUUACUCCACCAACAUGCACUAGUAAUAAUCGAAUUCGGCGCAGUAUAGCUGACAACAAUUCUAGCAUCAUAUUAAAAAAGGAUGCGCAUGAUGUAUCAGAUUUACAUAACAGUCAUCAGAUUGAUUUGGUUGCUACAGUCAGCAUGCUCGAUAACAUUGAGGAAAACGGGGCAUUUGAUCCUCGAUCACGAUAUUUGGUGCGAGAAGUCAGUCAGUCCAAUUAUGGAUCAAAAAUUGGAAUGGCAGUGGCACUGGUAGCAUCACAGAGAGUAUGUCUAACCUACCCGAUUCUUGGUGCACUGCUUACUGCUACUUCACUUCUUCUUACCAUUUUGUUAACUGCUGUAGUUUCCCUGUACAGAAGGAAUAGGUACAAGCUUUUAAAAUUUUACAUCUGA